AUGGUGAAGGGCAAUCCCCUCUCUUUCCUGAACAAGAAGGGCUGGCACCCCGGGAGCUUCAGGAACACCGAGAAGGUAUGGAAGAAGGAGCAACAGGCAGCUGAGGAGCAGCGGAAGCUGGAGGAGCUGCAGAAGCAGCUGGAGGAGGAGCGGCGCGCCAACGAAUACGUUGAGAUCGCUGCCGCUGCGGGCCACAAGAGGCAGGAUGGUGCCUUGGAUUGGAUGUACCGCGGGCAGACCCGCGCCGGCGGGCCCGGGGACGGCGCGGCCGGCGGCGCCCCCGGCGCGCCGCCCGCGGAGCAGCCGCUGUGCAAGCCAGCGGCGCCAGAGGACAACCUGAGCCGCGGCGAGCGGGCGGCGCUGGCGCCCAGCCUGUACAAGGCGGACGCGACGGUGGGCGCCAUGGAGGCGUGGCAGCGGCUGAACAACGACCCAAUGCUCAUGAUCAAGAAGCAAGAGCAGGAGUCGCUGAAGAAGAUAAAAGCCAACCCCAUCAAGAUGCAGGAGAUCUGGAGCGAGGUCAAGAAGCUGCGUGAGGGGAGCAAAAAGAAAGAGAAGAAGGAGAAGAAAGACAAGAAGGAUAAAAAGCACAAGCACAAGCACCGCAGCAGGAGCCGCAGCAGGAGCAGGAGCAGGAGCCGGUCGCCGGCGCGAAGACACGUGCAGGGAGGCGGCGCCGACCUGCGAGACCCUGGGCGUGCCCCGCCGCUGCCGCCGCCCCCGCCGUCUGGGGGCGGCCGCUACGGCUCGGAGCGGCACCAGCAGCAGCGAGAGCCCCGCGGGGAUGAGCGGGACCGCGAGCGGGACGGCGGGCGCGGCGGUCACGGCGGCAGCAAGCGCAGCAGGUCGCGAUCACGCGACCGCCGCGCCGGCGGCGGCAGGGACGGUCGGGACGGCGCCGGGGACCGGCGGCGCUCUGAGGAGGACCGCGAGCAGAAGCGGAGCCGCCGCUCGGCGUCACCGCCGCAGCAGCAGCGUGCGGCGGCCAAGCAUGUGAGCGGCGGCGGCGAGGAGAGAGGGCCGGAUCGUGACGCGGCGGCGGCGGCUCCGGGCCCGCCGCGGCAGGCUGGAUAUGGCUUGAAAAUGCCGGCUUCGAGUGUGGGGGAGGAGGAGAGGGCGCGGCUGGCGGCGGCGCAGGAAGAGACGCGGAGGCGGCUCGAGGAGGGGGCGCGGCGCAAGGAGGCGGAGGACCGAGAAAAAGCGGCGCAGCGGCACCAGCGCAGGGAGCACCAGACGGGGAAGCUUACUGCGGAGGAGAAGGCGCGCCGGCUGGCGGAAAUGAUGGGCAACGCCAGCGAGCAUGACAGGCAGCGGCAGGAGCGGCAGGCGGCCGCGCGCGCGGCGGAGGCUGAGGAGGCUUCCAAGGGCAGCGCCGCGCUCCUCGAGCGCCUCAAGCGCGGCAGCGGGGGCGGCGGCGCGAGCGGUGGGGACGAUGCUGCAACGGCGGCGGCGCGGCAGGAAGUGUAUGCGAGAAUGCAGCAGGGCGGCAGCAGCCUGCAGGCGCGCAUCAAUAGCAGGCGCCACUAUGUUGAGCGCAACGGCGGCGACUGA